AUGGAUUUAAGAGGAAAGAUGUUCUGCGACACUACUAAGGGGUUCCCCUCCUUACUUCCCAAACCCAAAGGGCCGCCCUUUGGGACGCCCAAACCGCCGAGCUGCCUUAAAGAGGCCUACCGACGCCUUACUUGCCCAAGACUAUCGAAACCCUUUUCAGUCACCCUGGUCAGCACCGAUGCUCCUCGUACCCAAAAAAAAUGGAUCUCGCGCCCGUCAUCGAUACCCCCGCUGAACGGGCCCCCCGUCCUGACCCCUACCCCAACCGUCGAUACGCACACUUCUCCAAAAAAGGGUAGAGCCGCCCCUUUUGCAACGCCCGAUGGACGCUCAAAACCCCUCGCCUUUGCCAGUCGAAAUUUAACCAAGCCCAGAGAAUUACUCCGUCCGACCUCGAGGCCCUCGCCGUCGUCUGGGCUCUCAAACCUUCGAGAAUCAUUUAGGUUACUGCCACUUCUAAGAUCAUCGCCCACUUAA